GCUCCCGAUAUACAACGUGGUGACGUGUGUUCUCCGCCGCCUGUUGGUCUUUCACAGUUGGUGACGAGUAUUAUGAAAAUGGCCUCAACCCGACCCGUGAGCACGAAUAACCGGAGAAGAUGACGACGCUGAGCUUUUCAAGUCGGGUGAACACCAAAGUGUCUUCUUUGAACACCCAUAUAGCAGUGAAGUAAACAAAAACAAAGGGACUCUCGGCAAAGAAACGCCUAAAAAAUACCCCCGACCACCGCAUAUUUUCGUAGGGCUGAGAGGAGCCACUAUGGAGGAUAUCAACUCUAAUAUCAACGCGGACUUGGAGGUGCGGAAGCUCCAGGACUUGGUGAAGAAACUCGAACAACAAAACGAGCAGCUCCGGAGCAGGUCUACGAUGUUGUCUUCGUCCGGACCGAUGUCAGGGAACCACAGACCCCUGAGCGCCGGAUACGACUCGUCGUCCCUGUCAGCAGGGAUGGCAGCCGGUCUGGCCGGCUUCCCUGGGGUGGGGUUCGCUGGAACGGGCGGCUACGGUGGGCUGUUGGAGAACAACCGCUGUUUAAACCCCAGACUUUCUUAUGACGGCAUCAGUUUCAGGAGGGCGUAUGAGGGUGAGGGGGCAUCUGCUGCCACCUCUUUAUCGAGUAUGAACUCACUUUAUUCAGACACUAGCAGGGGCUUCACGGAUGAAGGGGAAACCUCAAUCCUAGAUGAAGUGGAAAUCUUAGAUCUGGAAGACAUGGACUGUCUAAACGAAGACGAGGACAGCUGGUUAUAUGAGGCAAAGCUGAACAGUCCCCUGCAAAAAGCCUUGAGUCCUAUCGUGUGGUGCCGCCAAGCUCUGGACAAUCCGAGUCCCGAGAUGGAAUCAGCCAAGCGCUCCCUCAUCCACAGACUGGACCUCACCAUGUCAGCCAAUAAGCGCCGGAGCUUAUAUGGAAGCCCAUACAACCAGCAGAGUUAUGGAAGUCCUUAUAGCACAAAUGCAGCCAACAGCCCUUACAGCAGUGGCUUCAACUCCCCCUCCUCAACCCCCAGCAGAGUGCCCAUCGUGCGACAGCAGCUAAUGCCCAGUAACGCAAUUCAUCAGAGAAACUCUGCAGCAGAGAGGAAUCCUCCUGCAGUUAGUCCGCAGUCAUCAGUUGACAGCGAGCUGAGCACGUCAGAAAUGGAUGAGGACUCAGUGGGAUCCUCAACGACCUACAAACUCAAUGAUGUCACUGAUGUCCAGAUAUUGGCACGCAUGCAGGAAGAGAGCUUGAGACAGGAAUACGCUGCAACAGCAUCCAGACGGAGCUCGGGUUCAUCCUGCCACUCACUGCGGCGCAGCACUUUCAGUGACCAGGAGCUAGACGCUCAUAGUCUGGAGGACGACGAGGAGGCGGUGCACCCGGCCUUUCACCUGCCCUCCAACCGUUUCAGCCCCUCCCCUCGCCACUCUCCCCGUGCAUCCCCGAGAAACUCUCCCCGCUCGCGCUCGCCUGCUCGUUCCAUCGACUAUAGCCACAGCCGGGGUUCUCCUCAGCCCAUCAUCAGCCGUCUGCAGCAGCCUCGUCACUCGCUGCAGAGCCACGGGCAUGACCUUCAGACUAAUGUGGUGAAAAAUGAAGAAAAACUGCGCCGAAGUCUUCCUAAUCUUACACGCUCCUCGGUGGCAGCGGCAGUUCAGGCCCCAGAGCCCGUGAAGAACAGUCGCAGCUGUGAGUCCAACCUGCAAGUGCCAAACGGCGGCUCUCCCCGACACCAGAGCCAAUCUGCCACAGCACCUCAGCUCCCGAAAUACUUGACCCCUUCUCGCACCUCACUGAAACCCAAACAGCAGCUCCAAAGCCCCACUGCCCUACGAGUCCCAUCUCCCAGUAAACUACGGACUCCUGCCACCCCGUCACCACUAGCCUUGCGGCAACCGGUAAAGGCCACAUCUACCCCCAAUUCUGCCACCUCCACCCCCACCCGCUCCCUAGCUCCUCCGCGCAGUGGCCUGCCCCGACCUAGUGCUUCUACAGGAGGAGGAGGAAGCGGCGGGAUCCCUCUGCCUCGCAGCAAACUGGCCCAACCAGUGCGCAGGUCUCUUCCUGGUCCGCGGACUUACAGCGGCGGUGGUGAGAACUGGAGAGAAGGUUGUUACUAAGGCGGGCCACCAGGGGGCUCUCCAGUCAAAACUAUCAACAAAAGGAAGAAGAUAUUUCAACAUGGCACUUUAUCUACCUAGAUAACUCUUAUAGUUCAGAAAGACCAAGCCCCAAAAAAUACAUUUGAUUAAGAGUUUAAAAAAAAAAGGGAGAGGACAGAGUCCACAUUGUGUCAAAGAGGACCUCUCAUUGUGUCUCUCUGGGGGGACUGGCUCUGGAGGGGUCAGGCAUGUAGUGCAGACAGCCCAGAAGAUGCCAAAGAAACCAGCCCGACUCCAGCGCCCCCAUCAGAGGACACGUCACCUGCCUUUGAUUCAACUGCAGUCAUCCGUGAGACUGUCCAUAUCUCCACAUGCCCAGCUUUCCUCCCUCCCCCUCCUCCUCGUCCUCCUCCCCCCCGUUCUUCUUUCACCUCCCUCAGGUUGAAAUGUUUCCACGCAUUUCUCUCUUUAUGCUCUGUGUUUAACAGAUGUCGGUGAGCGAUCUCUAUGAUGAUGCUGUGCAGGUGAACUGUCCCGUAACGUUAGAGAAUUGUUGAUGUCUUGAAACAGUGAAAGCACCUCUUGUGUGGGUUUGACAUUUAAGAAUCUUUCCUCUUUGUAAAAUCAGCCAGAAUGUAUGCACAAGUUUGUUUUGGAAAAUUAUUUAUUCAAAAUUAUUUAAGAAGUGUACAUCCAAACGUCCAUAUCAGUAUUUUGUUUUAAAAUUUCAUUUGUUUAAAAUGUACGUUUUGAACCUCAACUGCAAAGCUAACUUUCCAAAGCCUCUUUUUUUGUUUGUUUGUUUUUGUUUUUAAAGUGUCAAACCGGGUGAUUAAAGACAUCCCGGCCAAAGCCUCAGUUCUGACUUGUACCACAGUUUGCCAAGAUUAUACUUUUCCAUUUAAGUGCUUAAAGUGGUCUGUUCAAGAACAGGGGCCAGUCUCACAAAGACGACUCAGAUCUAAAACCGUAUGUAAAAGAUGGAUUUAUCCACUGGAUGAGUAGGUGGAGUGCUAAGCUGACAGCUAAUGCUAGCAUUCAUAAACUGCACCGGUACAGCUCACAGAUAUACCUGCUGCUCAGUGGGGAGGAACAGAGUAAUUCAACACUAGAAUUUUAAAAUGCACUAAAGCUACAAACAGCAGGUAGGUUCAGUUCAAUAACUCCGAUUAGCAAAUGUGCAGUCUGCUCCACGUGCCUGUGUCAGGAUUCAACACCCAUAUUUUAAUUUAGUUUAAAUUAGUGAGUUAAAGAGGGGGGGAGAGACCCCAGGAAACUAAAACUAAGCUGUAGCUGUUUGUGCAACUUUAUGCGUAAAAAACAAAAAACAAAUAAAAAACAAACAAAAAAACACGGUUGACCAAAGUGCUUUCCAAGACGGCGAAAAAAAAUUAAAUUAAAUUUCAAAAAAUACCAAAACACAUAUUAAAUAAAAUUAAAGAUAACAAUAAAACAUGGAAAACAGAAAUAAAACAGACUAAUUUAAAAAAAAACGUGCUGGUUAUUUUAAAACAGGAGUCUCUAGUGAGUGGCAACUCAGUGAGCUGCAAUUUUUGGUACUUUGUUUCCCAGCCCAGCGGCUUUCUGCUUGGCAACAUAAAACAGUUUGUCCUGGACUAUUUUUAAACAAGAAGCAACGACUAAUUCUGGUUGAACAUCGUAAAUAUCAUUUUAUCAGCAGUGUCGCUGAGUGAAAACGUAAUUUGAAGUUAGCCCUGGAGAAUGGUAACGCUUUUGACCUAAAGGUACUUUUUUGUAAAAAAUUUUUUAAAGAGGUUCAAAACAAUAAAAAUGAACUAAAGCUGUCAGCAGCAGCAGAAGAAGAAAGAAUCGUUAUAACUUUAUGUCCACAUUGCCUUUGAAUUAUGUUUAAGAGCUCAAUCUGGGCCAUUCUGUACUUUUGUGCAGUACGAUUUUGCACCACAAGAUGGUGCAGUGACUCAUCGUAACUUUUCCUAAACCUGACUGAUCAUUAGGAGGAACACAUGCGUAAAUGCUGUUUAAAAAUGGAACAAAAACCUCAGUGUGCUGCCCCCUGUUGGUGAAAGUUAUAAUUAAAUUAUGCAGAUAACUACAAAAAGUACCUUUAAAUAAAACUCAGUGUUUCUUUUUGUGAAAUUCAGACUAGAUUACACAUUGGUGACUUGGGCUUUUGUUUAUCUUACCUGCAGACGAUAGCAGGCAUUUUGUUUAUAAUUGUUCAUAAUAGUCCUCUUUCCGCUGCAGGACGAAACUUCAAUUUGGGAUCCGCUCUGAGCUACUGAAUUGUGCUUUUAAUAAAAACACAGCACUUCAUGUAAGCACUUAAAGUUAAAAGCCCUUUCAUUUGGGGCUUUUAUCACUGGACCUGAGCUGCUAAUUGACUCUGUUGCAGAAAUAUGGCAGUCAAAGAGCACAUUUUAGACCCUCGCACACUGGAGUCUCAGAUCUCUUUGUGAAACUGGCCCCAGGUUAACAUUAGCUCUGAGUUUUUACUGAUGUCUGAUUUUUUUUUUUAAAAAAUGUUGAGAAAAAAAGCCUGAAAGAGCUGUUUUGUCCCCGUUCACCCAUUCAGCCAAUGAAAACAAGGAAACUUUAAUAUUGUUUAUCAAAUCCCCAUAAGAGAUGUAUCAGUGUGUAUCAUUCAUACCAUGAAAAAAAAGGAAUAUGAUGAAAAUCUGUCUUGAAUACGUUUUCGGUUUUGACUGGCUUUUACCUCUUAUGCUAUGAGAAUGAAUCAAAAGGCAUGCCAGUGUUCGGGAAGCUGUACCGGUGAUUGAUGUGGUGGGUGUUCUUAAACUAGUGCCUAUAAUUUAAAGUUUGAACAUCAUUUUGUUCGUAUGUUUUCUCUUUUUUUUUCUUGGUGCCAGUUUUUGGUUUUGCCAACAUUGUUUGCAAUUUUGCAUCUGUUUGCUUGAUUGAUUUGCUUGUUGCCUGUUUGUUUUUUUAAAA